UCAUUUUUUUUCACCCGGACCGGAUCAUCUCUGCUGUCCACAAAGAUGGCGACCUGCAUGCAUAGCGUAUGGAAAGCUGUUGCAGGUUGUCGGCGGCAUCUCCUAAACGGCGGUGUUCCGGCCCUCCCUGCUUUUCCCUCCAGCAACAUUCCCAUCAGGACUUUUGCUGCUGUCAAGGCAUGGAAGAAGGGGAAGAAGGAAGAGGCGGCGACUCCGGAGGUGAAGAAAGAGAAGAUGGUGGUGAAUGACUCGGACAGGCACAAGCCCUUUGGAAAGACGGCGUGGGCGCCCGUGGAUGAUGUUUACAUACUGAGGUACUACCCCAGGACCGUCUAUAGUGCUGCUGAAACCCUAGCCCUGCUCAAGAGCUUCCAGGCUUUGGACUUCACCCCCCGUGACCAACCCGUUUAUAUGGACCUCAAGCUUGACAUGAAAUUGGAGAAGAAGAAAAAGAUUGACCCUUUCGUGAGUACAGUGCAUCUUCCGCACCCUUUCAAGACAGAUGUGAAUAAAGUUUUGGUUUUUACUGAGGACGCUCAUCAAAAGAAAGUGGCUCAGGAGGGCGGAGCUUCAUUUGUGGGAGGGGCCGAGCUUGUUCAACAGAUCUUAGACGACGAAGUGGUGGCCGACUUCUAUGUAGCUGUGCCAGAAAUGCUGCAGAAACUCACGCCGCUGAAAAACAAACUGAGGAAGAAGUUUCCCAAGAGCAAGAGAGGCUCUGUCAGCGUCAACAUUCCCAAAAUGCUGUCACUGUUCCGAACGGGCCACGAGUACGCGGUGGAGAGCGAGCGCUACAUCCGGACGCAGGUGGCCACGCUGGAUUUUCCCACUGAACAAAUCCUUGCCAACCUGCAAACCAUCCUCAUCGACGUGUGCUCCCAUCGGCCUGCCAACAUGGGGCCCUUGAUCGAGCGUGCCAUCCUGUCCAGUCGCACCAGUGAAGCUCUGUGGUUCAACAAUGAACAACUUUUACCAAAAACACCUGAAGACAACAAAGACCAAUAACAGUCUCUUGUGUAUAUAUGUACUUAAUAAACAUUUUGUGUUUUGAC